AGGAGUAUGUUUACAGCUUGAGCGGAAGUUUUAAGCUGUGGAGAUGUAUACGCAGUGAUCUUUAACCUUUUUUUAGCUGAUCUUGUUAACCGACUAAAAUGCCCUUACGAUUUAAGGGGGUGACAGAAUACAAGAAGAACUAUGGAUCGUGGGAUUCAAAGCAGUCCGAGCGCUUCGUUUCACCUCAUAAACAAAAAUCACGAUGGGCUGGUCUUCGAUCUUAUCAGCUAGGAAUCACAAAAGAGCCCAGCUUUACAUCAAAGAAGAAGGUCGCUUAUUAUACUCCACAGGUCUCCAAAUCUUUUCAGUGGGAAUGGGACAGUGAAGCAGAGAAGAAUGUUGAUCCACCAUUGAGGUUAGAUGCAACACUGAGGGCAGAUGUGCCUAAGCUUAUAAAAACACAUGAAGCAACCACUAAUAGUCAGUCAGUUAACCAGACUAUUCAAACACCAGUUGCACCAAGGGAUGAAAAAGUACCUCAGUUACAAUCUACAAGCCACAAUGUUUCAUCUCUACCACAGUCUCCAGUAAAAAAUAAUGACAAGACAGCUGAGGUUGUAUUGAAAGAAGAUGGUAACUUAAAGCCUAAAAAAAGAAACUCAAGAACUACAGGCAAUGGGCUUCACAGGGUUCUACAGAAGAAAGCGGGUCUGAUACAUAAACCAGUGAAGAAUUUAGCUAGAAGUUCUGAAUAUGACCGACAGUUUGUUUGGAAGACUCCAGCAAAAACUUCCCCAUUAUUAUCAGCAGAGCAGAUAUUUAACCAACACAGUAAAACUAUUCCUCCUUGUAAAUCAAAAGCAACUACUUGGCAAACUACAUAUGAAAGAGAAUUUAAAGGAUCACCCCCACCGAAAGGGCCAAGGUUACGAAAACAUUUGGAAGAAAAAGAAAUGGCUAUGUAUGAGCAAGAAAAUAUUUCACCAAAAAAGAAAGCAAAGAAGAAGAUGAAGGAGAAAUUGUCAUUGGAUGUGCCAGUGAGGAAAGAGCUGCAGGAGAAUGAACAGCCCGAUGAGAACCAUAUACUGAAAUCUCAGAAUCGCCACUCACCGGGGUCUCCACGUAAACGUCAUGGGAAAUUCAGAACAGAAUAUAAAUCCAACUUUUUAUCACCAACAAACAAUGUAGCUUGCAUAAAGGACUAUCUUGACAUUUGGGAAGAGGUGAAAGAAGUAAAAGAAAAAGCUAGAGAAUACAAACAACGCGCUCUUGGAACACAUUUUUCCCGGGAUCAUUUAAAUCAAAUUAUUUCUGAAAAUAACAGAUUGUGGGAAGAGUCAGAUUCUUCUUCAGAUGAGGAGGACAAAGAGGAUAUAAGUCACAAUAUCAAAGCUUUGGAUUUAGCAAGGAAUUUGAAAAAGAGGUCUGCACAUCCUUCAAAAGUAAAAAAACUUCAGUCACAAACUAAUGCACAUUCAAAGAACUUACAAACCAGUCCAAGCAAAGAAAAUGUAGGAUUAUCAAAUACUUCUACUCUCCCAGUAAAAAGCAAACUGGCAUGGAGUAGCAGUGAACCUUCUGAAGAUGUGGAGCAGCAGGAUGAAUUAAAACAGAAAAAUUAUACUGACCGUAGAUUGGAAAUGGAAAGGGUUGCAGAGAAAAAGGUUGAAGUAGAGGACAAACUAGACAAUGCGACAGAGGAUGAGAACGUGCAUAGUGAUUUAUCUGACAGCUCGUCAACAAUGGUCCUCAGUUCUGAAGGAGGCAGACAUCCCACGCCAAAGUUGAAAACAGCAGGGGGAGUGCAACGGACUCAUCACGACCGUACCACACCAACUAUUGGGGGUGCAGUUUUGGUUUCACCACCUAAACACAAAUCGCCAACACCAGAGGUCCACAGAAUUCAUCUUUCUCAAGAAGGAUCAUCUCCUUUAAGGCAAUCCAAAUGUGAAUCAUCUAUUAAAUCAAACAAGGUUGAUGGUAGUACAACGCUGCAGCGCUCGCCAGCUGCUGGUAUUAAAACAUGUGAUCCUUUGCCUAUAAGAGAAGAAGACUGGCCUGCUACUAAUACUGAAGUAUUGGGUUCUGAUUUGAAGACAACACUAUUACAUUUGGCAGUGCCAAAACCCAAGACCACAUCUCAAGCUCAGACAUCUGUGCAUGCAUCCAGUUCCCGAUUUUGGAGCCCUACCUGUCGCAUUCAGGGGUCUCUCAGAGAUGCAGAAUUUCAACAUAAUAAAAAUGUUAUUGGCCCAAGGCUCAGCUUUUACAGAUCAUCAGCUUCACAAGAAAUAACCAGCAAUGAUGACGAUGAUGAAAGACUGUCUCAGAUAUCUGCCAGAUCUGCAGCAUCAAGCUCACUUGCUUCUUCCCUACUGGAACGUGCUGAGAAACGAAGACAUUUCUGGAAAACAACCUGAUAUAUGAGAACCAUGGCUGACUUACCCUUUGAGGAGUUUAUGUACUCAUGUUUUGCAGUAUCACUGUAUAACAUUAUGCUGUUGGAAUUACUGUUUUUACAGCUUCACACAUUUUAUAAUAAUUAUGUUUGAUUUGUAUUACAUUGUAUGUUUGGUAAGUAUUGCAAUGUCAAACAGAGUUUUAACAAGUAAACUGCUUUCAGAUGCUUUCUAAGAUAAAUAUGUUGGUGACUAAGUUAUUCAACUUCUUUCUUAUAAUUUUAAUUUAACAUUGCUGGCAGAUGAGAACAGUACCCAUGAGAAAAGAAAGUUUAGUAAAAUCUCACAUUCUCUGAAUGUGGAAUUUGUGGUGAAUUGUCAGAUAUGCCCCCCAAACACACACACACACACACACACACACACACACACACACACACACACACACACACACAAAAAUAUAUUUCUUCCAGAAGAUGGUUUGCACAACUGCAGUAGAAAUGUAUUCAAGCAAUAGCCGAUGAUGUGGUGUGUUAUAUGGAAGCUUUACCCACGGUUGGUAUGGUUUAAUCACGAGGGCGAAGCUCAAGUGAUUAAAUAAAGCCAACCAUGGGUAAAUCUUCAAUAUAACACAACGACGGAGUCGGUUGUUGCUAUUAUACAAUGACAUUAUUUAAGAAAAAACUUACUUUUCUUAAAUAAUGUCUUUGUAUAACGGCGCAUUACUAUUCUUCUGCCGGUGGUAGUAUACGGCUUCCUUGUGUUGAUGUACUGCGCAUGCAUAUGGGACUUGCAUUUGUAAGCAUACCC